UUUUGUUGUGACUUGAGUUGUUGAAAUGUUAAUAAAUUCGUAUAUACCUAGGCUAUUGAAACGAAAUUCUGAAUGUGUAAACUAUAAAGUUAAAUAAAAUCAAUACCCUAAUCUAUUUGUUAUUAAUUAUUGCUUAGGAAAAACCUGAAUUUCCGAUUUCAGUUAAAUUUUACUUGUUAGUUUAGAGAAUAAUAAUGUCUCUGUUUCCUGCAUACCUGGAUAGUAGUGCAAGUAAAUCUAAUGUAGACUUGGAAAAAAAUGAUGAAGAUGUUGCAACACCCUCCAAAUGGCUAACUAAUUCAAGUUUCGAACCUGAAGCGACAAAACUAGUAAAUAAAAGAAUUGAUGAUGAAAAAAAAGAAAGCGAAGAUACAAAUGUUGAACAUUUGUAUAAAUUAUACAAAAAAAGACACGGAAAAAAGAAGAAGAAAAAAGAAAAAAAAAAUAUUUCUAAAUUUAUAAGAACCAAAGAACUUGCGCAGCACAUAGUAGCCGAGUGUGAUUUUGUUUCAUUUGAUCGAAAACCAGAGUUAGGAAAUUUAAAAGUUGAUAAACUCUAUAGACCAGCUGCUCCUAUGUUUCAUUUUACUAAGUAUAAAUACUUAGAUCACCAUGGAUGGGUGUAUACAUCGUCUAAGCAGAAAAAAUACAAACGAUAUUAUAGUUACAAAGAAAAAUACUAUGGAGAUACUUGUCUGGAAAGUCAUGCUUGUGAUGAUGAUUUAAAAAUGAACAAACUGAUGUUAAUCAACACCAAACAAGUUGAUGAAGAAGCUUUGAGAAAAAUUGAAUCAAGCUCUAUUAAAUGUGAAAAUAGUACAACACCAAAUACUGCUGAUUAUAAUAAAAAACUAUCGGAACAUCCUCAUGACAUAAACUUAUGGGUCAAUUUUAUUAAUUUCCAGGAUAGUUCACAUAAUUUCAGUAGGGAUUAUGGCUACAAGGCUAUUGCAAAUAGAAAUAGUAUUAUGGAAAAAAAACUUGCAAUUCUGGAUAAAGCCAUUUCUUUGAAUCCAGACUCUGAGAUACUUUUAAAUAAAAGAUGGACAAUUGCUUCAGAAUUGUUAACAACAGAUCAACUUAAAGAAGAACUGUUAAAAGAGUUAAAAAAUUGUAGAUCGGCAAACACAGUGUUAUGGAAUUAUUAUAUAAACGCCAUUCAAAGUUCAUUAUCUGAUUGCAAUACCUUUGAUGUGUUGAAAAGUUAUUCAGAUGCAAUGCUUGCCAUCAGUAAAAUAAAACAUGGUUUACCGAUUGAACAAAAAUUGGAAAUUGAAAAACAAACUAUUGAAUUGUUUGUAAAAUGUGGCUUAUUUUUGAGACAAGCAGGACACUAUGAACAGCUAUUGACUUUGAUAAAUAUGUAUUUAACUGUUAGCAUCAAACAUUUUGAUGGUAAUCUCAUGGAAAAGUUUUAUACAGAGUCUACAGAUGACAUUUUGUUUAGCGAAGAACUUAAAUCAAUGCCUGUACAUAAAGCAUGGUACCAAGUAGAAACAUUAAGAACUGUUGAUCAUUGGAUGCCACUUCCAAAACACAUGGCUGAUACAGCAGAUGAUCCCCAGAGAGUCGUUUUACCCGAGGACGUGUCAGAAUUAGUACAACCCAUAACAAUGCAUCGUUCCAUAAUUACGAAUUUGGUUUUUGCUUGUUGUAUUUUAUUGAAAAUACCUAUUUUGCCAUCUCGUAAUUUUGUUUUCCGUCAAUUGGGCAUCGACAAUUGCCAUUUCAAUUUAGACAGCCUCGAAACUGUACUUAGUAGUGUUUUUAUGGCUCAUCAUUUUCAGAACUGUAACUACAGUAGUGAUAGAGUAAGUAAUGUGCUUUUGGUGAUGCUGAAGGCUGCUAUGCCACCUCAUUAUUAUGACAAUGAAUCCACUUCCAGCAAAACAUAUUUUAGUCUUAUCACGUCAAUUUUAAGACACAUAACGGAUUGUUUAUAUGCCAUGGACUACACUACAGAAGCAAAUAUGUUUUUAGUGUGGUGGUUGAGAUUUGAAAGGUACCGGAUAGUAAUAAAAUCCAGUACCGAUAAUAGUCAUUUGGUUUCAGAGGUAAAGUGUUUACUUCAAAAACCGCAAUACAGAAAUAAUAUUCCUUUAUUCAUAGAGUUUGCAUUACUUAAAAGUCAAGUGGGAAAAAUUGAUGAUGCCUUGAAAAUAUUGCAAAAACUAGUUGAUGCUCAACCAGUAUUGUUAGAUAACAAACCAAUUUAUGAAAAUUAUACUUACCGAGCCUCUUUCACUGCUAUUUAUAAAAACAUAACUGAAAUAAUGAUUCAGUCUGAUAACAGUGAUAAAGCUAUAAAGAUAUUACUAGCUCUUGCUACUGGCGUGUUACCAGGAAAUGGCAGUUUGAAUGAUUUGGAACAAGCAAAUAGUACAUUUAACAAUGUAACAGAACGUUGUCUUGAUGAUCAUGACCAAUUUUCACACAGCAAUUUAGAGUACAACUAUUUACCACAAUUUUUCAUUGAAUGGGUUGUAUGUCAUUCUUGGUUUUUGUACUUGACUCAAAAUGUACGAUCAGCUGUGGUAAUGCUGAAAAGAGUAGUCGAUAGAAUUGGGGACAUAAUCAAAAUGAAUACAUUUCAAACACAACAUGCGGCUGAAGAAAUUCUUAAUGAAACAUUAGUUAUUAUUUUAAACCAUCAUUGCAACAAAUCAAAAACUGGUCAUAAAGAUCUUAGAAAACAUUUGCGUUAUGCCAUAUCAAAAUAUCCUCAGAAUAUGCAAUUUUUAUUUUCAAUGGUGUGGAAUGAAGUAAAAACUGGUGGGUUUGGAACACCCUUAUGGCAAAUAGAAAAUGUUUACAUCGAUCAUGAUGUUGCUGAAAAUACGGAUGCAGUUAGAUUGAUGUUAAUUUUAGUAGGUAGAGAACGUUUACGAAUGUCCAGUGAAUUGGCUAAAAAAAAUGUAACUAAUUAUCAAUCUUCGAUGUGCCAAUAUGGAGCUGGGAAUGAUAUUGAUUUAUUUAAGAACAUGCACCAUUUGUUUGAUUUUUUUAUACGAAAUCUUUGUAAUAUAAAGGAAAUAAAAAAGUGUCCAAUGUUUUGGAGACUUUUCUUACAGUAUAUCGCUGAAAAUGCACCUUUAGAUUAUAAAAAAUAUUUCUACGAAGCUGUUGAAAAUUGCCCGUGGCAUAAGUUUAUAUAUUUGGAAGCAGCAUUUUAUUUACCAGAAGAAUUAACUAACAUUUGUGAUAUAUUAGUGGAGAAACAGUUAAGAAUACAUAUUACACAUGAAGAAUUAUUAGUAUUAAGAGAAGACUGAAAAUUAUAAACUUAAAUAUACUAUGUUAUUAGUAUUAAAUACGGUGUAAUUUACAAAACAAUGUAUUGUAUAUAUGUAAAUAAUAAUCUCUUUUAGUUGGUUAUAUUAAUUAUAUAAACAUGCAAUAAAUAACAUUUGUAU